GUAUCAAUGUUGUGAUAACUGGCAGGAUGACAUACGAGUUCUCAAGAUUCUUACAGAAAUGUUUCUACCUCAUAUCAACUACUUAGCAUUGGAACAAUCAUUUUUUUCACAAGUAUUACCAAAGACUGUAAAAUUAUUUGAUGAUAUGAUGUAUGAUUUAUCUAGCCAGGCAAGAGAAUUAUCAAGCCAAAAUUUUGAACUCCAAGCUACACUAAGGAAUAUUUUACAAUCAAUGGUUCAACUCUUAGGAGCUCUUAAAGGAUGUGUACAACAUGUUUGUUCUCUUCAGGAAUCCAUAGUUUUAGAGAAUAUACACAGCCUCCCCUCUUCAGCCCUUCAUGUGAUCAAGAGCACAUUUGUACAUUGCAAGAAUAGUGACUCUGUGUACUCUGGACGAUUGCACCUGGUUUCAGAUCUUCUUCAGGCCCUUUUCAAGGAAGCUUAUUCCCUUCAGAAGCACUUAAUGGAAUUACUUGAUAUGGUCUGUAUGAAUGCUUCAGUGGGAGAAGAAGAUAUUUCAGAUAUGGUAUCAGUUAUUCAUUCAGUUUUGGGUAUCUGCUCUGUUAUUUCUGAUAUGGACCAAGCUUUUCAUGCCAACACUUGGAAGUUUAUAAUUAAGCAGAGCCUUAAGCAUCAGUCUGUGAUAAAGAGUCAAUUGAAGCACAAAGAUAUAAUUGCUGCCUUAUGUGAAGACAUUCUCUUCUCCUUCCAUUCUUGUUUACAGUUAGCUGAACAGAUGACACAGUCAGAGACACAGGAGAGUGCUGACAAUAAAUUAUUCCAUAAAAGAGUUAAAUUAUGCCGUUUCUUUGUCAAUUCCCUUUUGCACUACACUAAGGAAUUUCUUCCUUUUCUCUCUGACUCUUGCUGUACACUACAUCAACUUUAUCUUCAGGCACACAGUAAGUUUCCUCCAAGUCUGUAUGCUACAAUGAUUUCCAAGGCACAAGAGAAGGAAAUAUUAAGUAUAUUUCUAGUGGCUCUAGAUCCACUCAUCAGUCAACUUUUAUCAUUCAGCCCUUUUGUGGAGACUGUAUUAGGAGACAAAUUGGAUCUAUCUUCUGAGCUACAGCUUCCACAGUGUCUCCUUCUAGUUAAUGUAAUGGACAAGCUACCUUCUCAGCCUGAAAAUGUACAGCAUUUGUGGUGUAAGAGAAGCCAAUAUUCUGAACAUAAAUCUAGGAUGUCUUUGCUUGAAGCCAUUUUCUACAGUUUUGAGCAGUGUUCGGGGGAGCUUUCUUUGCCUGCUAAUUUGCCAGAAGUUAUAAGCAAAGGACAAGCUGAAAUGGCUGUCACUUUAUAUCAAUAUGUCUGUGUUCACUUGUGCACCUUCAUUGCUUCUUUUCACCCAUCACUGUUCCCUGAACUGGAUACCAUAUUAUUGAAUGCUGUACUUAAUUCUGGAAUGAUUACCACCUUAUUAGCUAUGGAUACAUGGUGCUUCUUGGCCCGGUAUGGGACUGCUGAACUCUGUGCCCAUCAUGUGUUCAUAAUAGCACAUUUGAUUAAGUCUUGCCCUGGAGAAUGUUACCAGCUCACUAAUUUGUCAAUUCUACUAAGACGAUUAUUAUUCCUCAUGGAUACACACCAUCAAAUGGAAUUUAUCCAGAGAUUUUCCCCUAAAGAAGCAGAGAAUCUGCCUUUGUGGCGGUAUAUUUCCUUCAAGGCUUUUUCUCCUGAAUUUAAAAGCCAAAUAGCAAAUGACGUUAUUUUGGUGGGAAUUGCACAGUGUAAGAAAUGGCUAAACAGCAGUCAUACUUUGGGAGAACUUGUAUCAGUGAAUGUUGCACUAUCUGCUUUGCUUACUGUGUGUAAUUCUAUAAGUGAAGCUUUGGAAAUGGGCCAACAAGCAGGAGUCCUGGAAACUAUGAGUUCACUCUGGACAAUCCUGAAUGUUAAACAAGUCUCAAAUCAGCCUUAUCUUCAGUGGACCCUCAGCCUUUUACUUCCUCUCUUGGGAUUUUUCAUACAAGCUAUAGAACCUCAGCUGAUAAGUCAGGUGAUAAUUCUGCAGGCUUCUCUACUUAAAUUGGAUCCUCCUGACUAUGUCCUUUUGGCAAUUCUGGAUUUUGUGUCUAAUUUAGGGAGAAUUUUUAUUCCACAAGCUAUUCAGGAAAAAGUUUUACCUAGUUUGCCUUGCAUUUUUACCUUACUGCUAACUGAUAAGAGCUGGCUGAUAGAACAGCAUUCUUUGGAGGCAUUUACCAAGUUUGCAGAGGAAACAAACCAUGAAGAUAUAGUUCCACAAUGUCUGAAUUCUGAAGAAACUAAGAACAAGGUUAUAUGCUUUCUAGAGAAGGUUCAGGUAAACUCAGGAAAAUGCUGUUUUCUCAGUGAAGUAUUCCUUGAUCUGCUCAUGUUUCCCCCAUUCAGCUGUUAAUCUUUCCCUUCUAUUCCCUUGUAAUAAUAAUUUUCCAUGUAGAGGUUUCUUUCUUCUUAGGAAGAUGCAAGUCUCUUAAAGUCAAGGUUAGUUUAGCUUUUUUUUUUGUCUGUAUUCCCUAAUCCUUAGCUUGUCUUGUCCAUAGUAGACACUUAAUAAAUUAUUCAUUGAAUUCCUUGUGAAAAUGAGAGACCAAUUAGAUUUUGAAGCUAAGGAGGAUGAAAGAAUGAAUUUCAUAUAAUAUGUACUUGGUUUGUCUUCUGGUUGAAGAACAUACUCUUAAGUUGUGUGAUACCAUAAUGUAGAUAAGCAUGAAAGAUUAGUAGAUAUUUUAAAGUCACUAAUGAGGGUCUGAUGUAGGAGGCAGCCUUGGCAGUGGAAAUGGGGGCUUCUUUUGCAGUCACAGAUGUGACUUAAAUUUCUUAAAUUGAUUUGUUUCUUUAGUUUCAAGUCCCAUCUCACGAGGUCUUACACAAUCAUAAUAUUUCAAGGUUGGAAAAGACUUUAGGUCAUCUAGUUCAACAUCAUUUUCUUCAAAUUUGAAUCACUCCUACAUCCCUGACAGUUGGUAACUUUGUUAUUUCAGUCAGCAUAGUUAAAACUAAACAUGUGUAUGGAUACUGAAACCUAAUCUUUAUUGUUUGACUCUUCACAGACUAGGCUGUUAGAUGAAACAGCUUGUGCCAGAGUUGAUCGGAUCAAACAGGAAAAAGGAGUCUUAAAUGGACACUUUGUUAAAGUAAG